AUGGUAGAAGCCUCCCUGGAGCCGCCCGCCCUCCCGCCCGCGGAGUGUGCGCGCUGUUUUCGCACUCUGCCGGCUGGUCCCGGCGAAGGUCCGGGACCGAGUUGUGGACCAGGGUCUCCAGAGUUCCCUUCCGUCAGCGCUCCUAGCCGGACGGGAAAGGGGACAGGCGGGCCCACGCCCCCUUCUCCCCUGGGCCCCACUCCUGCCACCCCAGGGCUCGGGCCGUUUUCCUUCUGCCCUUCCCUCGUUUUCCCCACCGGCGUCUCCUCAACUUUUCCCACUUGGUGUUUAAAAGCGCCACCGCCCCCCUCCCUCGGCCAGCAGCUCGCGCGCCCGGUGCGAUCCUCGGCCCCUCCCCCCGCCUCUCCCCUCCUCCUCCCGGAUCCACGCCGCCCGCUCCCCUGGCGCCCGCCCGGCGGUCACGUGCGCCUCGCCCCGCCCCGUCACGUGGCCCCGCCCCGCCCCGCCCCCGCGCCGGCGCGCUCCGACGUGCCCUGGAACUCACCCGCCCCGGGAGAGCCGCCUGCGGGGACGCGCCGGCCGCGGCCGCCGCUGAGUGAGCGCCCUUCAGGUUCGUCUGGGCGCCCCGCCGCCGCCAAGCAGGGCCAGGAGGGAGCCGCCCCCCCGCGAAGCCGCCGGGCCCUCGGUGAGGUUGGUGGGGAGAGGGGAGCCCGGGCGGAGGGCAGGUCGGGGCGGCGCUGCACAAAGGCGCCCGGGGCCGGGGCUGCGGGGCCGGGGGAGGCGUGUGCUGGCGCGCGGCGACGCCGGGGUGCGCGAGGUGCGGCCGGCGGGGUCCGGGCGCCGGACGGGCGCGGGGCGCCUGGCCGCUGCCUGCCGCUCGGCCGACGUGGGCGACGGGGUUUUAAAUGGCUGGAAGUUGUGGCUCCUCUGCCCCCCGGGUUUCCUGACUUCCUGUGA